AUGCUGCAAGUCCAGGACAACAUGGGAAUCUCAGGUAACUCAACAUCUAAACCUCCAGCUUUCCUAUUGACUGGGAUUCCUGGCCUAGAGUUCGUGCGUGCCUGGAUCUCCAUCCCCUUCUGCGCUCUUUAUGCCACUGCCCUCUCUGGGAACAGCAUGAUCCUGUGUGUCAUCAUUACCCAGCGGGGUCUCCACGAGCCCAUGUACUAUUUCAUCUCCAUGCUGUCAGCUGCUGACUUGGGCUUGACUGUCUCUACAAUGUCAACAACAUUAGGUAUCCUCUGGUUUGAUGCAAGUGAAAUCAGUCUAGAUAGCUGCAUUAUCCAGAUGUUUUUUCUUCAUGGGUUUACCUCCAUAGAAUCUGGGGUUCUUGUGGCUAUGGCCUUUGACCGCUACGUGGCAAUUUGUGAUCCUCUGAGGUACACUACUAUUCUCGCGAAUUACAGGAUCAUUCAGAUGGGCCUCUUGAUGAUUAUACGCUCUGUAGUAUUAAUUGUACCACUACUUUUGCUUCUUAAGCCCCUCAAUUUCUGUAGAGUGAAUGUGCUUUCCCACUCCUACUGCUAUCAUCCUGAUGUGAUUAAAUUAGCAUGUUCGGAUACUCGGGCCAAUAGCAUCUGUGGAUUAACUGAUCUCAUCUUGACCACAGGAGUAGAUACACCGUGCAUUGUCCUGUCUUAUAUCUUGGUCAUUCGCUCUGUCCUCAGUAUUGCCUCCUCUCAAGAGCGACACAAGGUCUUUAGCACCUGUGUCUCCCACAUUGGAGCAGUUGCUAUUUUCUACAUCCCCAUGAUGAGCUUGUCCUUGGUGCAUCGCUAUGGGCAAUCAUGCCCCAAAGUGGUCCAUUCGAUGAUGGCCAAUAUAUACCUGCUUCUGCCCCCUGUGCUCAACCCCAUCAUCUACAGUGUAAAAACGAAACAGAUUCGCAAGGCUAUUCUCAGUCUUCUUACAAAAUAG